AUGCACAAGUCCAUGGAGAAGUCCCAAAACUUCCGCAUCGAAGCGCUCCUGGCUGAAGAGCCGGCGCGGAGCGCCUCCCCGCCGGGGCUGAGCCCCGGGAGCCCCGCGUCGAGCCCCGGCCCCGCCGGGCGCUCCGACACCCCCUCACCGCGGGCACCCCCGGCCGCUGCGCCCCUCGCCCCGGCCGGCUUCGUCCCCAAGCCCGGCUUGCUGCACCUCUCUGGCCCCGGGCUCGGCGCCCUGCCGGCCCUCUACCCUCCCGCCGUGUACCCUCUCCCCACCCUGGGGGGCCAGCACCCCGCGUUCGCCUACACCGGCAUCCCGCACCUGCCGCCGCCCGGCGCAGAGCACCUGAAGGCGGCCGUGGCCGGCUCCUUCCCGCUGGAGCACUGGAUCCGAGCCGGGAUGCUGGUGCCGAGGCUCUCCGACUUCAAUGCUGCCCCACAGUCUGGUUUGAUGGGGAAGUGCCGUCGGCCCCGCACAGCAUUCACCAGCCAGCAGCUCCUGGAGCUGGAGAACCAGUUCAAGCUCAACAAGUAUCUGUCCAGACCCAAGCGUUUUGAGGUGGCCACGUCGCUGAUGCUCACUGAGACACAGGUGAAGAUCUGGUUCCAGAACCGCCGCAUGAAGUGGAAACGGAGUCGCAAGGCCAAGGAGCAGGGAGCUCAGUUGGAAGCUGAGAAGCAACGAGGGCUCAGCAAAACCUGUGAGAAGCUGCUGCCCAGCGAGCCCCAGGGACAAGCUGCCGAAAGCCCCGAGUUCAUGGGGCACAGCCCUGACUCGGGCUUCCUGCACUGCAGCACCGCUGAGCUGAGCUAUGGCCCGGACUCGUCUUGCUCGGGGGGCGAGGAAGAGGAGGAGGACGAGAUGGGUGCCACAGAGAGGAAGAUCGGCUCUGUGUUGUGAAAGGCAAAUGGAGCCAGCUGGGGAGAGUGGCCAGGCUGUGUUGGGGUGUUCUCUUUGCUG